GAGGGCGGUGGGAAGCUGGUGUCGGCGACCGUGAUCACGGUCUCUUGGCGUCCUCGGGCUGGGUGGGUGUGGGGCCCCUGACACCGCCGACUCCGCGCCAUUGCAAACCUGCGCACUCGGGCUCCACGGGCGCCCCCCGAGGUGGGCGCUGUGUUCUCGUUUCACAGGCGAGGAGGCUUAGGCAGAGAGACGAAGCCACUUGUCCAAGGUCACCCAGCUGGGUCUCCAUCACCCAGCUCCAUGCUUCGAGUCCUGCUCUCUGCCCAGGCCUCUGCUGCUCGGCUGUCUGGCCUGCUGCUGCUCCCGCCAAUACAGACCUGUUGUCUGGGGCCCAGCAAGUGGGGGGACGGGCCUUCUAGAGGAGGCCCCCAUGCAGGCCCUGUGCAGGGGCUGCAGCGGCUUCUGGAGCAGGCGAAGAGCCCUGGGGAGCUGCUGCGCUGGCUGGGCCAGAACCCUACCAAGGUGCGCACUCACCACUACCCUGUGGCGCUUCGUCGUCUGGGCCAGCUCUUGGGGUCUCGCCCACAACCCCCUCCUGUGGAGCAGGCCACACUGCAGGACUUGAGUCAGCUCAUCAUCCGAAACUGCCCCUCCUUUGACAUUCACACCAUCCACGUGUGUCUGCACCUUGCAGCCUUACUUGGAUUCCCAUCAGAUGGGCCCCUCGUGUGUGCCCUGGAGCGGGAGCGAAGGUUCCGCCUCCCUCCGAAGCCACCUCCCCCUCUGCAACCUGUCCUUCGAGGUGGGCAAAGGUUGGAAGCUGCUCUGAGCUGCCCCCGCUUCCUGCGGCACCCACAGCAGCACCUCAUCCGAAGCCUGGCAGAGGCCAGGCCAGAGGAACUGACCCCCCACGUGAUGGUGCUCCUGGCCCAGCACCUAGCAAGGCAUCGGUUGCGGGAGCCCCAGCUUCUGGAAGCCAUUGCUCACUUCCUGGUGGUCCAGGAAGCCCAGCUCAGCAGCAAGGUGGUACAGAAGUUGGUCCUGCCCUUUGGGCGGCUGAACUACUUGCCCCUGGAACAACAGUUUAUGCCCUGCCUUGAGAGGAUCCUGGCUCGGGAAGCAGGGGUGGCCCCGCUGGCCACCGUCAACAUCUUGAUGUCACUGUGCCAGCUGCGGUGUCUGCCCUUCCGAGCUCUGCACUUUGUCUUUUCUCCAGGUUUCAUCAGCCACAUCAGUGGCACCCCUCACGCCCUGAUUGUACGGCGCUACCUCUCACUGCUGGACACGGCUGUGGAGCUGGAGCUCCCAGGAUACCGGGGUCCCCGCCUCCCCCGAAGGCAGCAAGUGCCCAUCUUCCCCCAGCCACUCAUAACCGACCGUGCCCGCUGCAAGUACAGCCACAAGGAUAUAGUAGCAGAGGGGCUGCGCCAGUUGCUGGGGGAAGAGAAGUACCGCCAGGACCUGACGGUGCCUCCAGGCUACUGCACAGACUUCCUGCUGUGUGUCAGCAGUUCUGGUGCUGUGCUUCCCGUGAGGACCCAGGACCCCUUCCUACCAUACCCCCCCAGGUCCCGUCCCCAGGGCCAGGCCGCAUCUCAGCCCACUACCCAAGACCCCGCCCAAAGGGUGGUGCUGGUGCUGCGGGAACGCUGGCACUUCUGCCGCGAUGGCAGGGUGCUGCUGGGCUCGCGCGCACUGCGGGAGCGGCACCUGGGCCUCAUGGGCUACCAGCUCCUGCCGCUACCCUUCGAGGAACUGGAGUCACAAAGAGGCCUGCCCCAGCUCAAGAGCUACCUGAGGCAGAAGCUACAAGCCUUGGGUCUCCGCUGGGGGCCUGAAGGGGGAUGCGGGUGAGCACCACCAUGCGGAGCGGCACUGUGAGGAUGAGGAUGAAGGGGAAGGCCAGGGAGGCAGCUGUGGACAUGACCGCCCAGAGCAGGGCCAGGCAGAGCAGCUGCAGGGCUGUGAACAGGCGCCACAGCCUUGCUCAUGACAGUGAGCGCGUUGGCGUGAGUGACGGAGCGGACGGUGGCGGCAGCCAACCAGGGCAGGCCAAAGAGGGCACAGAUGCCGCCCAUGGCCACGAUGAGCAGCAGGUCCAGGUGGAAGCCGGAGCCCUUCUGCAGCAUGCGCUCCUUCUUGGAGAUGAUGAGCCUGAGCGGGACAGGCGGACAGCCGCGUCUUUCCAGAGCGCCCAGCCAGUUGCCGCUGUUUUUGGAACCUGGCGGUCCCCGACCAAUCCGUCCAGAGGAAAGUUCCACCACGGAGCUGAGCCCUCUCUGUGCCGCCCUCCCGCCCCCGGGACAGCUCCCAGCCUGAACUGGGCCCAUCCCAGCAAAUGCCAGUGGGGCUGUCUGCCGUCUACAAAACAAUAGCGGCCAGCCUGGCAUCCUGGGCUCCCGUCACCCCAUUAAUGCAGCUGUGUCCCCAGGCUGGCAGGAGUCCUGGCCCCUCCAUCCACCAGGUGGUUCCUGACUGCACAGCACGCCCCCUCGGCUAGGACCACUCACGUGGUGAUUUGCGUCUCCAUGAAGAUGAGGAUGAAGACCAGGAUGGCAGGGAGCAAGCUUGCCACCAUCAUCCACACGGGAAAGGAGCUGUUCUCCCCCAGGGGGUUAAUGACCCAGCCCCGCUUUUCGGGGGCUGUCACCGAGAAUCCACUGGGCACGCUCAGCUUCUGCAGGGCAGAGGGCGGGGCCAGGGAUGGGUGAGGCUUGGCGGGAGAGCCCCAAGCUAUGCUGGGCAGGGUGAGCACUGACGGGGUGCUGUGGAAAAGGCCAGGGUCUGCCCAGUUAAGAGGCGGCUUUGGGUCGGGGGCCAGAGAGGAGCAUCCAGAGCCCAGUGCCAGGUGGCACCUCACUGCUGCAUGUGCUGCACCUUACCUGGGUGUAGGUAUCCUCAAUACUGUAAUCCACAAGCACCAUGAUGAGGAUCGCAAUGGGCACCCCAAAGUCCCCAAUCACCCGCCGUACCUGUGGGCAAGUACCAUGCUCAGAGGCCCCCUGCCCCGCUCCAGCCUUGACCGUGCGUCACCCCCUGCUGCCCCCAGCUCCCGUUUCCCUCCGGCCUCUAGCCCACACACCCGGCCAGGGAAGAACCGGCUGUUCUUGAAUUUGCGCAGGAAGAAGGCGAUGAAGAAAGUGCCCGCCAUGAGCACCAGAGACAGGAGGGCCGUGUUGGGCUGGCCCCGGGGCCUCCCCUGCCCAGACGGCCCUGCUGAGCUCCCAUUCCCCGGCCCCAGCGUGGCUCCUGCCCCAGCCCACGUGGUAUUAUCGCCGCCGUCUGCUUCACCGCCACUGUCUGCCUCGGAGCUGUUGGAGACCGAACAGCCGUGGAGGGGGUGUUCCUGGAAGAUCUGGAAAGAGCACAAAGGACUCCGUCGGCUACACUGGCAAGGUUUCUGGCCUUAGCUGCAUGCUGAGUGGAACAGGCGGGGUGGGGACGGCCAGCCUGCCCUCAAGGUACUUGUCUUGUCGAUUGAGAAAAUUACCCAGAAAACCAGACGUGAGUCCAGGACAACUAGGGAUUAAGAGAGAGGCUGGUCUGCUUUAGGAAGGCAGCUGGGGAAUGUGGUUCCAGCCAGGACUGGAGGAGCAGGAUGUGGCAUGUGGGGAGCAGGAUGUGGAGUGCGGAGGACCCUGGGGGCACGUCUGCUCCUGGGCCUGUCACAGACGUGAGCCUGAUGUGCUGGGACCGUGUUUGUCCACUCAGGGGCCUUUUUAUUACCGCGUUUCUGGAUUGUUUGCUGUUUUAACAAAAGUGUAUUAUCUUUGUGAUUAAAAAUAUUUUUUUAAGAUUGAA